AUGUCUUCGAAUACAUAUCAAAAGAUUACGUUGUUGGUGUUAGUAUUGUGCAUAGUUAGUCCAAUUGAAAGUCGUUAUGAGAAAGACAGAAAGCAAGAAAAGUCAACGAAUACUCAGCAAGCAGCACAACUUCAACCAGCAUCUACUCAAGUAACGCUCAACUUAUGCAGAAAAGAUCGAACUUUAUCAUUUUUAUGUCACUGCACUCCAGAAGACGAGAGUAUUAAAGCCCAGAAAGCCGAAUGUUGGAUUAUAAGUUCAGAUAUCUCACGUAAAGAUCCACAAUGGUUGGCUUUUAAUUCCCAAACGCAGUUGCAGCAUUUGAAAUUCUCAGUACUUGCCAAUGGAAAUUUGAGUUUCAUCCCAACGGAUAUCCUCCAGUCGCUCAAAUUUUUGAGAACAAUUUCGAUUGAAUAUGGACAUGUUCAUGAAUUGUACAGCUUUGCUUUUGGCAACUUGACACUUUUAACAAACAUCUCGCUAACUAACAAUCAAAUUAAAAUUAUUGGGCCAUAUACAUUCGGAAAUCACCAGCAUUUGAUCGAUAUUAAUCUUGAGAAAAAUGAAAUAUACGAAUUGGAUCGUCAUGCAUUUGUAAAUGUUCCCAACUUAAUUCGGUUAAAUCUCAAUAACAAUCAAUUAGAAGUGAUACAAGAUGAUACAUUCGAAGCUUUCAGCAAAUUAAAUGAAUUAUGGCUGCGUAAUAAUAGCAUAAACAAACUCUCUCGUGAAAUCUUCAAAGGAUUAGGCAAUUUGAAAAUUUUAAAUUUGAGUUUCAACAAGUUGAUUUUCAUUGGUGAUACUGUGUUUGCGGAAUUGUGGAGUUUACAGGAGUUGGAAUUGGAAAGUAAUCAGAUUGAGAAAAUUUCAGAGCGAGCGUUUGAUGGCUUGAAUAACCUGCAAAGACUUAACUUGGAAAAUAAUCGUUUGAAAUUGCUUGAACGUGGCAUUUUCACAGGCGUCCCUGCGCUAAUUUACCUGAACUUGAUGAAAAAUUCUUUAGAAACGAUAACAUUCAACAAUAUUUUGCCAUUAAUGGAUAAUUUAGUGAACAACACGAGCAGUAUUUUGGAUAUAACAGAAAACAAUUUGAUAUGCGACUGUCGUUUAGCAUGGUUGAUUGACUUAAAGAAUCAAACGAAGAAUGAAGAUUUUAAGCUUGCUUUAGAUGAAAUUGAGUGCUUGUUGAAGAAGCCUAAAGAUCAAUUUCAUAAGACGAAUAAAAUCCUCCAUAAUGCUAUAGAUCAUCCACUAUCGGAAACUGAAGACGAAACCGAGUAUUAUGAUGAUGAACCAGAUGGAAAAACUAUAAUGCUAAUGAAGCUUAAAACGUCAAACUUACCAUGUCCCGAAGAAACCAGCGACCCAACCGAGCUUCCACUCUCAAGAGAAUCCAUUGGUUUUGACAUGAGUUGG